CGCAGCAGAGCACGCAACUUAGCCACUCGGCCUUGGGGCUGGCCCCUCUCCUUAACUUUUGAUGCUACAGAAGCCCUCCAAGAAAAGUCAAAGAGGGAAGCUGGUGGGUAGGAGACUUGGAAAUUUUCAAACUCACAUGAUCUACAUUAGGAUCCUCUGUGGGCUUGGUAUAGUGCCAAUAAUCACCUAUUGUUUAUAAAUCAGCUCCUUUUACUAAUGAGGAAUCUAAGAACUGAGACCAGCUCCCAGGCAUCCUGACUCAACUUCUUUCUAUAACUGUUGCGGCUUCCUUUGUGAAGUUUUUAUGCACGCAUUUAACAUCACUUCAUCUAGGAGAGCUAUUUUCCUUGAACUCUUGAUAGGUCUGUCAGUUUUCUCAAGGGAAUCCAACCUAGCUAGAUGUUAAUCUCUGAAUUGCCGCCUCGGCUAUAAAAGUCUUAGCUGAGGUUUUAACAGCCAAGAUUUAAGUAAAUUUAACAGAUUAGACCAGUAGGUGUUCCAACUACAUACACCAUUAAAGGGCUUUAUGUGAGGAUUAAAAAAAAAUUACUAGUAAAAAAAUAAUAAAUCAUAGUCCGAGUGCAGUAUAAUUUACCAGCGGGAGAGAUUUCAGUGUUCUGGAAAAGUUUCAUAUAAAAAGGAAGCUAGGAAGACGAAAAGUGACAGUACUCAGCAUACUCCAAACGAAGCUGGGAUUCCUUUGGCUCUUCGCCCUCAAACAGGUAAAAUGCUUCGUAUUUCUAGCACUUUUUUUGGACCUCAUGUCUGUCUAUAGGGCAUUCUAUACCCUAAGGGCUAAAUCCAGGUGUGACGGUAUCUAAAGAACCUUGACCUUCAAGGUCCUUGUUACCCCCAGCCAUAAAGAUCCAGGCUUUGGGGAAUUUCAACAGCUCAUCAACCAGUAUUUGAUUUUGUCUUCAGCUUCUUCCCCAUCAAAUGAAAAUUAAUUUGAAGUCUCCUCUUUGUGAGAAUUCCACAUGUCGUUAGAUAAUUUGAGGCUGCCUUGGCCAGGGAGCCAUCUGGUCUGGGACUCAGUUCUUUGAAAAGUGUUGAGUCUCUGCUCACUCUCCCAGAUGGUGCGGCCCGCAGUAACGCAUGGAAGACUAGAGGACGCUUACUCAGCGAAAUGUAGUUAGUACCAUAGUACAGCCGUUUAGCGUCAAGCAACUUUACCCCAGCCAGGAUGCCCAGCAGGAGCUGCUUUUCAGAGCAGAUGGCCCAGCGCUCUUCAACUCAGGAAUGAUACAGCUGAAAACCAGUCCACAGGGGGGAAAAUGUGAAGGCAAAAAGGUGGGGUUUGGAUAACCAAAUAAAUAACAAAAAUAAAAACAGAUUAGCUUAGCACUAAAAAGUACUGAGCAUGUGAGUUUAAAGUACUGAUUUUUGUCCCAGUGGUUACUGGAAACUCAAGGCAAGCAAAUGGGUAUGCGCGUUUUAGUGUCUGUGUGAAAACUGUAGAUGACUCCCACGUGCAUCUUCGGCAGGGUUAGCGAUACCAAUGUUAGGCUUGUCACCAAAGAGGUGUUUCUCUGCCCAUCUGAGUCUCUUUUGAUUAUUGCAUUGAUGUUCCUUAGAAUGGAGCCGAUUCCCAAACUUCUAGCUGGACUUAUUCUGCUGACUUUAUGUGUGGUGGGCUGCUCCAGCCAACACUGGUCCUAUGGAUUGCGCCCUGGAGGAAAGAGAAAUGCUGACAAUUUGAUUGAUUCUUUCCAAGAGAUAGCCAAAGAGGUUAAUCAACCAGCAGAACCUCAGCGCUUCGAAUGCACGGUUCACCAGCCCCGCUCUCCCCUCAGGGACCUCAAAGGAGCUCUGGAAAGCCUGAUUGAAGAGGAAACUGGGCAGAAGAAGAUUUAAAUCCACUGAGCCAGAAGGAUUGACAACACCUCAGUAUAAUCCGGACACUGAAAACUGCGUGAAUUUCAGAAAUUCUUUUGCUAAAUUGCACGUAUUUCAUAACGAUGUGCUGUGUUGUGAAUAAAGUGGCAUAAAUGUUAAUUAAGCAUUUCUCUUACUCAGAACUCUGGUGGGGGGGCGACACUGUAAGCCCCUAAAGAGGAGAACCCCAAGUCUGUCUAUAGGGGCAGAUGAGAACAGAGAUGAGAUUACACAAAGUCACCAUUAUUGGUGACUAAAGGAAUCCCGCAGCUUGCCUCCACCACCAGCCUGCCCCGCAGGAACUGUCACCUUUUGGUCCAGGCCAAGAAAGUUGAUUCAGUAGUUUUCUGUGGGAUUAUAGUUUUAUCUUUGACCAUACUCCAUAGAACUAAGAUUAGGCCAGGCCAAGGCUCCCUCCCACUUGGAGAGAAUUUCCCUUCCCAGAUUGUCUCCAACCCCUUUGAAAGUCAGCUGGAACCAGAGAGAAUCUUAGGGGAAAGGAAGCCCUGCUGGGCUCCUAGUCCAACGUUCCUUCUGGCCCCACGUGGCCUCUCCGAGUUCACCAGAGCAAGUGGUGCAUAUUGAGGUUUGGGACCAAGCCUAAAAAUAACAGUGUUCACCUGCCUGAUCUCUGGUAUUUCUCUUGAGAAAUGCUAUGGAGUGUAGAGUCAGUUGAAGACAGGAUUCAGGUGCUGUGUUCCCUGGUCAAAUAGCAUUGAUAUAAGCAUAAUAGAAGCAUAAAUGAUAUAAGCACAGAUAUAAGCAUAAAUGUUUUCAUCAGCCCUCAUAAUGACCUUGGAAAGUAGAUAUUAUUGUCCUUCUUUAAAAUGAGGAAACCGGGGCUCCCAGAGUUGAGACCUGCUCCGUUCUGUCGGGUUCCAUGGUCAGUGGCCCUGUAUUGCACGUUGAGCUGCCAAUGGAACUGGACUUGGAAGCUCCGUUAUUUUGUUAAUGGGACCCGAAACAGGACACUGGGGCUCAUGUAGCAAUUUACUGCUGACUAUUUCUCUAUAAGGUCCCAGACACUAUGACACUAACAUUCUCAUUUAUCCUUAUAACUUUCAAUGACUACGAGACCAUUUGAAAAACUCAAAUUUCAGAUAACUUGCCUGAUAUCACAGCAGUAAACAGUGCCUACAUUCACAUGGCAGAGAUUUAGGCCCUUUAUCUCUUUCAAUCAGACAAAUGGAACCUUCCUUCCCCUCUCCCUGCCCC